UGACUGUCUCUCUCUUCGGCUCUUCUCUUUCCCCACGACUUCGACCUCCGCCCUCUCCUCUUUCUCCACUGACCGUGCCUUGACGUGCAAGGGUGCUAGGAAUCCAAUCCUCCCGCAGCAGCAGCAGGAAAGUGGUCGGCCAAAGAAUCGAUUUUCGGAGAUUUUUGUCCGUCCUAUCCUCGCGGGAUUGGAUUCUCCGGUCAUGGCUCUCGCCGGCUUCCGCCGGAACGUCGGCCAGUUCUUGAUUAGCAGCAAUGAGCUUAUGGCAGCGUCGCUGUCGACGGCGAGCUGCGCGGACAAGAUGGAGCAGGCGGAGGAGGCCGGGUGCCAGGACGACGCAGCGGCUCUGCGGCUGAAGGCGGUGGCCAUGGCGGUGAUACUGGUGGCCGGGGUCCUUGGGGUGGGCCUCCCGCUGGCGGGGCGGAAGCGGCGUGCGCUGCGGACGGACAGCACCGCUUUCCAGGCGGCCAAGGCGUUCGCGGCCGGGGUCAUCCUGGCAACGGGGUUCGUCCACAUGCUCCACGACGCCGAGCGCGCGCUCUCCAACCCCUGCCUCCCCGCUGCGCCGUGGCGCCGGUUCCCGUUCCCCGGGUUCGUCGCCAUGGCCGCGGCACUCUCCACCCUGGUGCUCGAUUUCUUGGCCACCAGGUUCUACGAGAGCAAGCACCGCGACGAGGCUGCGCGCGCCAAGGCGGCCGCGGCUGCCGCGCUUGCUGCCUCCUCUGCGAGCGACGAGGACAUCACCGUGGUCACUGUCACUGAGGACGAGCACAAGGCGCCGCUCUUGCAAACGCACUGCCACGGCCACGGCCAGAACCACAACCAUGCGCCCGAGCUAGUGCAAGUAGAGGGCAGCGAGGCAGAGCUGUCGGAGCACGUGCGGUCCGUUGUUGUGUCACAGAUACUGGAGAUGGGGAUCGUGUCGCACUCCGUGAUCAUAGGGUUGUCACUGGGAGUGUCACGGAGCCCAUGCACAAUCAGGCCGCUUGUCGCAGCACUUGCAUUCCACCAGUUCUUCGAGGGGUUUGCACUUGGCGGGUGCAUUGCUCAGGCACAACUGAAGACCCUUUCGGCAGCUCUAAUGGCAUCCUUCUUUGCCAUUACAACACCGGCAGGGAUAGCUGCCGGUGCAGCUGUGGCCUCAUUCUACAAUCCCAAUAGCCCGAGGGCUCUUGUGGUGGAGGGCAUUCUUGACUCCGUGUCAGCCGGCAUCCUCAUAUACAUGUCGCUAGUGGAUCUCAUUGCCACCGACUUCUUGGGUGGAAAGAUGACAGGUUCCUUGCUCCAGCAAGCAAUGGCAUACAUUGCCCUGUUCCUUGGUGCACUCUCCAUGUCAUCACUCGCAAUAUGGGCUUGAUACCCACCUUGAAUCAGGUGAAGAUAAAGGACUGACAAUGUUCACAGAAAAUGUCACGAUACAUGUACAGUACUGAUAUUUAUGCUGGUGUUCCGUUCGACUUAAUACAGGGCAUAUGCCCUGUUUUUGAAGGGCUGCUGAUGUACAAACUGGAGCAUUUUGAAUCUGUACUGCACUUCAAUUACUGUUUCUGAAACAAAGAGAUGUCAGCAGUUGCGUCUGCUGCUGGUUUUGAUGU